UCCCUGUCAAGUCUUCAGCCCAGAAAGGUAAUCUCUAAUUAACCCAUUUGGAAGUCUAAUUGUCAUGAAUAUCCUUUCAAAUUGAUUAGCCCCCUUUUUUUGUUUUGCUGGUGAACAUGGCUCUCUCCUUGCAACGUUACACUGAAUCUUACGAUGACAAUUUACUUUACUUAUUGAAAGAAAGGAGGAGAAUGGAAAAGGAGAGAUCAAUGAAUAUCAAAAAGGGAGAUCAUAUGCCUGAAAGUUUGAUUAUUGAAAUUCUAUCAUGGCUUCCUGUGAAUGACUUGUUAAGGUUCAAGAGUGUAUGUAAAUCAUGGUAUGCGAUUAUAUCAAGUUCUGAUUUCAUUUCCAACCAUCUGAAGAACUAUUAUAACAACAAUUAUAGGUGGCGCAAUUGUCUCCUUUUUCAUCAUUAUGUUAGUUAUGGAGAACUUCAAUUGCAUGAGUUGUUGUUAGACGAAACUCCUCGCGUUAUUGCUGAUGAAGUGUUAUAUAAUAUACCCAUCUAUUGCUCAUAUAUUUGUGGUCCAUGUGAAGGAAUAUAUUAUCUUAAUGAGCACAAUUUUUGUGCUCGUGCUUUGUGGAAUCCGGUGACCAAUGAACUCAUACACUUGCCUCCAUUAGUUGCUAAGCCUAAUCUUCCAUCUAACAUCUGUUAUAUGCAUGUGGAAGGUUAUGGUUUUGGAUUAGAUCCUUUAACUAAAGACUUCAAGGUGGUUGCUAUUAAAACUCAUUGUACUACGACUGGAGAAGAUUUACCUAGCAUGUAUCCUCACUCCGUUUAUGUCUACUCGUUGUGGACUAAUUCGUGGAGAUAUAUUGGAGAUCUAAGCAGAGAUUUUCGGUUGCAAGAGAACAAGUGUUACACUUAUUCUAAUGGUUUUUAUUAUUGGUUGGGAUCGUAUAAAGAGGAGGAUGUGCGUAAAGAAGUAGUCAUCUCUUUUGACAUGGCUACGGAUGUUUACAAAGAGAUGCAUGUUCCAGACUACUCACAACCAAGUUCUAAUUGUAUUGGAAUAUAUGAUGAGUGUCUUGCCCUUUUGACUUUCCAGACGAUUGACAAGAUUUUUGAUAUUUGGACUUUAAAAGAAGGAUCUUGGAUCAAAAAAUUAACCAUGGGACCUCUUCCAGAUAUCUGGAAUCCCAUUGGUCAUUGGAAGGAUAAUUGUAUCUUACUAGAAUGUCAUUAUGGCAAGCUAGUACUUUUGGAUUCUGAAUCACAAGAACUAAAGGAUCUUGCGUAUCAGUAUGAGAGAACAUGUCGCGGAGUUUUUGCAUACAUGGAAAGUCUUGUUUCAAUUAAAGAUAAAACCAUGCCUGGGCUGCAGCUUGAGGAACUUAAACCCGAACAUGACCAAUCCUGCUGCAAGAAUUAGUUCUCCUCUACUCAACAAAUUUCUGCUUAAUCAUGAAGAUAUAUACACAACAUUGAUACAAGACUUUUCAAACUAUACUCCUCAGACAUAGCUAGCAAAGUAAGCAUUAUUUUAUUAGUUAUAAUCUCAUAUGACAAUUGUUAUCUUCUACAACGAUUUAGAGCUUGGUUAUUACUCCUUUUCUGGUAAUAGAGAAUUUGAAUGUUCAAUAUUGUCAACUUCUUAGGCUGAUGGACUAGUGUCAUCAUUAGCUGAAUUGCUUUCUCA